CUCGGCUGUCAAGGCCGUAUAAACUGCGACUUGGCCAUGCACGGAAAGGGCCGCAUUUCCCGCACGCGGAUGACUUUGCUGCGCGGAAAGGGAACUUUCCCUUAGCUGCACGGGACGUUGAUCUGUCAUAUUUACGUACUACUUCUUUAAUUACGACAUUAUGACAGCGAUCCACUAUACAAUCAGACUUCCAAAGUAAAUUAAUUGUAAUGCAUGUAUCUUUAAAUGAUAUUUCGCAGAAGCAGCAACUGAUGCCUUGGAUAGGUACCCAAUUUAUUUGCUUUUGUAUCUUAGUGUUUAUAUAAGGACAGUCGGAACCUUUAGAGGAAAACGGAGAAUAUUGAAGAUACGGAAGACAUUGAAGACUGGGGAAGACAAUUAUUCGGGCUUUUCUAAGUUUCGAAAUGAAUCUCAUUGGGAGUUACCAGCAUCACCAUCUGAUGCACGAGACGUUUCCCUUCGUGCAAAGGUGUCAUCAAGAUAACCCUUACUUCCAGAGCUGGGUGGUAAACCACGCAGAGGUACAGCCAGAUUUCCAGAUCCAGACCUCCUACACUUCAGAGUUCAUGGCGUCGGGGCCUGCGCAUGACACCCAGCUGGAUUCACUGGCCGGGCGGAUGGGGAAGAGACGAGCAUCCGGACCGAAGAAGGAGAGACGCAGGACGGAGAGCAUCAACACGGCCUUCGCCGAGCUGCGGGAAUGCAUCCCGAACGUGCCCGCGGACACAAAACUAUCGAAAAUAAAAACGUUAAGACUGGCAACGAGUUACAUCGCAUAUUUAAUGGACGUGCUGGCUAAAGAUGCAGGUGAGACGGAAGGAUUCAAGGCUGAAAUCAAGAAAUUUGACAAUAGAGAUUUGAAGAGGAAACGAGAAAUGAGUGACGAUCAGCAAGAAUCACUAGGAAACGAGAAAAAAUUUAAAGGACGGACAGGGUGGCCCCAGCAGGUUUGGGCCCUGGAACUCAGCCAGUGAAAGUCGCGUGUCUCGCAGACUCCGUAUUUAUCCGCGUGUCACCUGGAAUACAAAUGCUGGUACAGGCCUGCAUCGACGUGCAAACGUAAGAGUUUUAAAAACCACAGGGAACACGCCGAGAGACUUUAAAGAUAAUUUAGGCCUACCAAUUAUUUUUUAACCUUCCUUAAACAUGUGUUCGGUGUUUUUUUUUCCUACCAAAUGACGACAUUUAAUUUAACUUCAUAUGCAUAAAAACGCAAAAUAACGGAAAAAUGUUUUUUGUGUUUUGUGUUUUUAAAUGGUGAUCCCCCCCCGAAAUUGUUACUGAUAUUGGUAUUGACAAGUUAGCACUAUUUUUCCUACUGAGGUGGUAUUGACAAGCAACUAUUGUAUCUGUCGUACUGUAUCCUGUAUAUGUAUGUUUGAAUCUACCUCAAAAUAAUGUCACUAUUAGACUAAAAUAUAAUAAAUAUAAAUAUCGAGUUUAUUACAUUUCUUAGCACGCGUUACACCUCAAAAUGCCUGACUGAUUUGUCGGAUUUCUUUAUUUUAAUUUCUGUAACACAAAAUAGGCUAGUAAAACGCCACCAAACUCUCCGUUAAUUACAUAGCUAAUGGUAUUCGAUAGGACAGUAAAUAAACAUGUAGGCCUAACACGCCUAGCAUCAAGUAAGCUUAUUAUGAAAUCACUUCAGAAAUAUCACUGUUGGCUGUAAUACGUUUCCUAAAAAAAAUAAACAGCAAUGCUCAGUUUUACGAAACACUAGGUCAGGUAAUCCGAAAUCAAUGUAUAUUAUACGCUCAUGCUCACUAGGCUAUGUACAAAUUUACUUAUUAAAUUCGUAUCCUUCUCGAAUUUAAGUGCUCUCGCGUGCCGCAACACCUCAAAAAUAAUACUGUUGGUUGCAAUAGGCUACGUUUGCUAGAAAACUGCAUAGCAAUGCCCAUCGCACACAGCAGAUGGAGUGCCCUGUAUAUUGGCCAGGGAUGGAUUCGAGGUGCGUGUUUGUUUUAAAAUAUCGCCUGUUUAUUUACUCGUUCUUAUCGCUCUGGUGUUGAUGGGCCAACACGAAGGGGUUAAUAAGCAGCGAGACGCGACGGAGCCGCAUUAAAUUCCCCUCGGACGGUGUAUUCGCGAAGAAAUGACGGGAACCGGCUCUGCUUUUCAUGUUACGGGAGGGGUGAACGCGUGCUUCUAAUUUGCAGCCAUUUUAUGCAUAAGCCUAUAUUUAAAUAUCAGAUGCAUUCGUUUUAAUCCUAAUUACUAGCAAUUAAAUACACUGUCCCAGCAGACAUACAUACUGUACACCUCUAUUUAAAAACAAACGAUAAGUUUAUGCAUUAUAUUUAACUUCAGUUUAGGCCUAUUAUACUAGCAGUUUUGUUGUCAGUUGGAUUUAGUCCUAAGAAAAAACGAACUAUAAAUAAUUAGGGUAAUUUUAAUAAGAAAAAAAUAUCCUAAAAAGGAAAAAAAAAUUUAUAAAAGUCGACCGAAAGGUACCCCUCGCUGUUAACGGGAAAACCACGUUGAAACUCCACAGUAGCAUUGGAGUUCGUCUAUAAGGUACUCGAUGAAAUAUAGAUAUUUUAAUGUAGAUUGUAUUGUUAAAUGAUUCUAAACUCAUUAAUUGUAUAGUUAGAUCAAAGUCAAUAAACUGGAUAUACACCUAACAACUAAACUCUGCAACGCAAGUGACAAAACACAUUUCCACCGACGAACGCACGAUUCGGUGGAGAGAAAGCUCAGUAAUUUAUAUCCGGACCGAGUAAUUCCUUUCUAUUCUUUUUUGGGCCAAAAAGCUUCAAUAAUCAGUUGCCUUUUUUGUUCAAUAAAUAAAUAAAAAAAACUACCUAAAUUUUGCAUAGCG